AUGAAUCAAGAGUGCAUUGGAGAUUCUUGUCAAAUUGAACACAGAGAAGAACAAUUAAACGAAAUCAGAUACACAAUCUCAUCACUCACAUUUGAGAAUAAAGAAUUUGAGAAGCAAGAAGAUGAGAUUCAAGAUCGUUAUGCCAAAAAGAGGACAUCUCCCCUUGAAAAUUUGAACCGACUCAUUGUUUUAGUUUCGGAACACCCAGAAAACGCGAACUAUAAGGAAGAACAAGAAAAAUACAAUCUCCUUCUCAGAAAAAUGAAAUUUGAUUACUUGGACGAAAUCUCAAAGGUUAAAACAAAGCGCUUUAGAAAUGAAGCGCAAAUAGCACAGCUGAGAGAUAAAUUGGCAAAACUUGGUAAUCUCGAAAAUGAAAGAACUCAAAAUUCACACAAUGCUCACCCUCAAGCAAAUCGCCGAUAA